AUGCGGCUCGUGGCGCUGGCGGCGGCCGUGCUGCUGGCGCGGGCCCCGGCCCCGGAAGUCUGUGGGGCCCUCAAUGUCACUGUGUCCCCAGGGCCUGUGGUUGACUACCUGGAGGGGGAAAAUGCCACUCUUCUCUGCCACGUCUCGCAGAAGAGGCGGAAGGACAGCUUGCUGGCCGUGCGCUGGUUCUUCGCGCGCCCGGACUCCCAGGAGGCCUUGAUGGUGAAGAUGACCAAGCUCCGGGUGGUGCAGUACUACGGGAAUUACAGCCGCAGCGCCUACAGGCAGAGGCUGCGCCUCCUUGAGGAGAGGCGUGGGGCGCUCUACACGCUCUCUGUUUUGACCCUCCGGCCAGCGGAUCAAGGGCAUUACGUCUGCAAAGUCCAGGAAAUUAGCAAGCACAGGAAUAAGUGGACAGCCUGGUCCAAUGGCUCCUCAGCAACAGAAAUGAGAGUUAUUUCCCUCAAAGCUUCUGAAGAUUCAUCCUUUGAGAAAAAGAAAGAGACCUGGGCAGUUUUUGAAGAUCUCUACGUGUAUGCAGUGCUCGUGUGCUGUGUGGGCAUUCUCAGUGUUCUGCUGUUCACCCUCACCAUCAUCUGGCAGUCUGUGUUUAACAAGAGGAAAUCCAGAGUGAGACAUUAUUUGGUGAAAUGCCCUCAGAACAGUUCAGGGGAGACCGUCACCAGCGUGACCAGCUUGGCCCCAUUGCAGCCCAAGAAGGGCAAGAGGCGGAAGGAGAAGGCUGACAUUCCUCCUGCAGUCCCUGCCAAAGCUCCCAUAGCCGCCACAUUCCAUAAACCGAAGCUGCUGAAGCCGCAAAGGAAAGUCACCCUGCCGAAGAUUGCUGAGGAAAACUUGACCUAUGCCGAGCUGGAGCUGAUCAAACCCCACCAGGCUGCCAAAGGCAUCCCUACCAGCACUGUCUACGCCCAGAUCCUCUUUGAGGAGAACAAACUGUAAUGCUGCGCCCUCUUCCGCGGUCCUAUUUAAUACCUGUCACCCCAGUUAUUUAUGAAACCUUGGAAACAAAGUCCUUAUUUUUGUAUUUUCACUUGUACCUUCUAUGUGGUGGGGAGCCCCUUUGCUACGGCAUUCCAGGUGCCUUCAGAGAGGUACGAGGCUCCUCUCCACAAAGAGUAGGGGCCACACCCUUGGACAAAUCUCCCAGGACAAGAUUUUUCUGGGUCUGCGCCCUGAGGGGUGAGGACUCUGAUUCUGAGAGCACCUAAGGAGAUUUUCUGCUGAGCCAAACCCCUUCACGUUCUUCUUUCUCUGGGUUUUUAUAUUUUUCGAAUCUUUUUUAAAUCUUGAUUUUAAUCUUCUAUUCCUCCUGUAUCCGUGAUAUCAAGCUCAUAGUAUAUAGCUAGAGGAAAUGCCAUUAUAGACCAAAGUGUGAGCUGGUAGAUAUGUAAUAAUUGGUUUUCAAAGAAUCAGGCAACAUUGCUGGGGCACCCAGAGCACAGCAAACUGCUUAUUGCAAGCAGUCAUUUAAGAUAGUGUCUCUUAUUUUAAAUAGUGCACCAACUCUGGUGAUUUAAGGGCAGAGUCCAGGUUGUGGGGAAGUCUGAGGUCUAAGCUGACAGUGAGCUGUCUCUGAAUCCCCUGGUACCUGUUUCCCUACCCAUGGCCACCCAGGGGUGCAGAACAAGUAAAACAUCAUUCUAAACGGCCUCCACCCCUUGAACGUGAGUAUCUAUACUGGUAUAGAACUUAUAUUCUCCAAGAAGUUCUCACACACCUUUUUCCAAAGGAGCAGGAGAGUUUGCCAUCAUUUGACACACUGGAGAAAGCGGACCUCUUGGAAGUGUGCCAAGGUUACCAACUCUAAUUGAAUGUGCAUUCAUGUGAGAGCAAAGUCUUCUGCCUGGUUCCCCCAGGGUAGGAGAGUAGGAAGUACAAGCCGAGCUGGAAAAGGCUAUCCUGACCACCCCACUGUUACAGAGUGUCUCGCUCGCUCAACUCAACUUUGCAUGUGAAUUCUGCUAGCUUUGGGUGGGGGUCAGGCCGGGAUGUGUGGCGUGUAAAUCCAUGAGGAAGUUGCCCUGUGGACCGGUGUGACAUCCAGCAUCUCACUGAAGACGGGUCCAUUCUGGAAGAGAGCCAUCCUGUCAACCGUGUUGUUAAGGACACAUGAUGUGUGCGUGUGCUCUGGGCGGUUAUUUGCUGCACGCUUACAGAGGUAGUUUGGCUUUGUAAUGGACCGUGUAUAUAUGGUAAAUGAUAUAUUGUAAACCCAACCUUGAGUGUGAGUUGUGCCCCUCUGUAUAGCCAUGUGAACUUGAUCGAGUUUCUUAUCCCCUAAUUGUCUCAGCUCCAUGUUUGUGUAAAGAUGACAUAACCUCUCAUAGAAUUCUCGUAAUGAGAUAAUGAUAUUGCAAGUUUCUAGACACUAUAAAUUGCUACGCCCAUACACAGUGUUAAUAUUCAUGCUAAAGCCAGUCCACAUUUUCAAAAUAAAAAUGUCUUUACUG